AUGAGUGACGACGGCGUCGUAGUCUCGCCAGUUGAGGCGGACAUUGAUGUGCCAAUGGGCGAGGGUCAAACUUCACAAGCAGCAGAGAAGGGAACUGAAACGCCGGUGGUACCGACCCUGCAGUCAUCAGUGCCUCCACAGAGCAUAUCGUCGCCCGCCCAAGAGACGCCACCUGCGACUAUAUACAAGCUUCCGCCAACACGGGUCACCAGCGCGAUUCCGGCCAUGUUCGUGCCGCUCCGCGCCGACGCCGACUUGACCCAGCCGUUUGACCCACCGCGCAGUCGCAUCGAGCGCGCCAAAGCCAUGUUGGACACGCUCGAAUACUACCGCACAGGCGUGCGAGAAGGCUUUUUGUACUUGGCGGAUAUGGACCGCCGACACAUUAUCGGAGCCGCCAUGGCACGUAAGACGGAAAUGGCGGAAGCACGGGCAGCAAAGGAAGCAAGAGAAUCAGCCGACGCAGCGAAAGAGGCAGAAACAUACGAAGCAGCGCCAAAUCCGGCCGAGAGUACCACGAGUGCAAGACCCUCUACGGAUAAAGGCAAGGGAAAGGCUACAGAGGGCGGUGUUCUUCUAGAUCGGCUGCCACCUACCGACAACCUCCUCCUCGACGACGACGAGACCAUCUCGCACGACGAGAUCGACGUCAUGAUCGCCACCAUGCGUGCGCCAGCCGUUCCUGGCGUCGACUACAACACCGCACCCUAUCUGGACCAACACCUGCCGCUGCGGUUCCCAGUCGAAGCGGGUGAAGUGCGCGGCGGGCGGCGUGCAUCGGUACGGCAGCUGAGCGAAGUCAUUGAGCAGGCUCUGGGACAGAUGUCUGGUUUCGACGCGCAUAUGGGGCAACUUCGAGCAACGUGGACGGAGAAUCUGGAGCGCGAGCAGAAAUUGCUGGACGAGCGGUUCGGCUCCUUGCCGGGAGACAGGGAAGCACGGGCGGCUGCGGAAACGGAAGACGGAAGGCCGGGAUCCAAUUCUGGUUCGGGUACAGCGGCAGAGGAGCCACAAGAUGUAGCCAUGUCGGGGACAUGA